CGCGUCUUCUCUAGUAGGCGCGUUCAUGUGAAAUCCUCCACAUGUGGACAUCGCUUCGGUCAGGUCAGCGUUUCUUGUGAGCGGACAGUCAUUUUCAUCAUGUUACUCUUCGCCCUUUUCCUGUUUUCAUUGCCUAUUUGCAGUGCAGUUUACGAGGGACCUUUGCUCCCUGAAAUGUCCAACGGCACGUUUCACCACUUCUUCGUCCCGGACGGGGAUUACGAGGACACCGAUGACCCGGAGAAAUGUCAGAUGCUCUUCAGAUGGAUGGACCGCAGACCUUGUCCCCUAGAAGAGGACCAGGACACGAUCAUCCGAGAAGAUUUCAUCAUCAUCAAACAACAGAUCGAAGACGCGGCGCGCGUUUUGGAGACCCUUGGAAAGACUAUUUCUUUCGAUUUGGACGGCGAGGGCAGUUACGGGAACUAUCUGAAAAGGGAAAUUGUGCAAAUCAACGAGGCUUUUACAAACGUGGAGAAAUCGCUUCUAGAGCUGGAGACGAAAUUUAAACAAAGCCAGGAGACUGAACAAAGGGAAGAGAGCCAGUUUACCAAUAACUUUAUCCAACCCAUGCAUGAUGUGAAAGGCACUCUCCAGGAGACUUUGGACAUCUCGUCGGGGCUCAAGGUUAAACACGAACUCAUCUCUUUGAUCAUCAGGAGCCAUGGAUCGAGGUUAAGUCGUCUCAAAAACGACUAUCUUAAUGUUUAAACUUGCAAAAAGGUGUAGGUGACUGCAGUCCACGUUGGAUUGUUGGAUUUUAAACUUUAAAUUUGCUCUCCGAGUUAAACAUUUUUAUAUUUUGAAGGUUUUCUUUUUUUCGUGAUGCUCAAUUUGGUCAUUUCGUUAUUGCGUUAGCUUUUUUGUGUGUACAGUUCAAUCUAAAUCAUUUUUGAAAUUGAUAUUUUGUUAUAACUAUGGUUUUGCUCUUAAGAUCUUUGGUGUGAAAGUUAAACUAUCCAAAACACCCAAACUGCCUGCAUAAGUUACUAGGCGAAAUGACUAAAACAGCACAUUUUCACUUUUUACUGUGUAACUAAAGCUUUGCAUGAAUAACUGAGGUCAAAGAGCCUUCAAAACGUUUUUUUUCAUUCAUCAGUCUUCAGCAGUCUGUAUACCGCUGACACGAUUGAAUUUUAAGAGAGACUGAGGAGUGGCGACUAAAGAUCUUCGGUGGAGAUUUGGCAUUUCCUGUGCCAUUAGAACAGAAUGUCUCUUUUUCUUUCUGCCAUGUGGAAGAAUAAUCAAAGUCUACAGAAAUAUGUAAAGAAACACAAUCUGCCCUUCCCACACCAUUCCCUGAGGAUUACAGGGAUACUUCCUGGUGAACCGUUUUAACCUUUAACUCUAGACAUUGAGCCUUUUCAUUAAAGAUUUAUUUAUUGAUAAAAUCGUUCUAAACAUUAAUUUCCCCAGUGAUACAUAUUCCAUCAUAUUUUGCAGUCAUCACUGAACAUCAUCUUCUUUAUUUUAAAUUCUAACCAGAACAAUGAAGCUUUUAUGGUGCGCCUUCCUACCCACAAUCCCCUGGGCUGGGACUGUUUUCUUUUUCUCACAUUCAGAGUUUGAUUCUUGUUGGCGGUUAAAGCCAAAGGAAAGAAUGUCCUUACUAACGGUUUAGUGUUACCAGAGCCGUGCCUAUUCAGUGCCAUCUCAUAUGGAUUCAGUUUAAGUGGUUUUGUUUGGAAAAGUGAAAGAGGCAACAGAGAAUUCAUCAUGUUAAAUUUAAGUAUUAGAGAUUGUAUCAUGACAAUUUAAAGGUUUGAUGGAUGUGUGGACUUUGUAAAUUGAAUGUGGAGCUGACUACAUGACACAUCAAUUUCUUGCAUUAUUUUCCAUAUCACGUUGUGAAGUCGACAUUGCAAUGAAAUUGAAAGGCCGGAUAUACUGUAAGCUACAUUAUCUUUAUGCAAACCAGAUCACUCAGCAACAUCAUAUUAUGUAAAAAUUCUAUGUCAAUACAGUAUGCACUGCCAGGCCUAGUCUAAUUAUGUUUUAAGUUAAUUUUUAAAAUCCUUAUUGUAACCCCAGUUAAAAAAUGGGAAGAAUUUAAGUUUGAAAUAAUUGAUUACGUAAAGCAGUUCAACGUGAUAACCAGAAGCAUGCCACAUAUGCUGACCAAAGAGCUCAAUUUACAUGUAAACUUUUACUGUACUGUUUUAUUACAGUUUGUUUUAUUUGUAAUCCUGUAUAUAGCAGUGUAAUUUUAUCAGGAACAUUAAAUGCAAAGUCGA